UGGAGAAAGCAACAAGCUGAAGGAAACUUUGUUCCUAAUAGGCAUGAUGAUAUCUUAUCUCGUGCCCUUGGGAAAAAAGAUCGUAAUGGUCGGGCAAUAGCAUUUAGCAGUGGAAUUGGCAUUAAAGCUGUAUGGGGAUCCGGAGAGAGGCGUAGUGGCCGACGAGGUAGGGAAUUCGGAGAUGAUGAGCUGGAAGAAUUAGAGGCAAGAGUAGCCCGGAGGGUACCAGAGGAGACUAUGCAGGAGAUGGAUUCUAAAAUGGAUUCCAUGGUUCAAGAGAAGUUUAUGUUAUUUGCUAAACAGAUUGGUAUUCAAAUUCCAACUGAAAUGAUAGAAAUGAAUAACAUAGGCCGGACGACUCAACAAAAUCCUAGUAGUUGCCAAUCAGUGGGUGAUGAUCCAUUUGCAAACAUAUAGGUAUCCAACACUUUGUUAUUUUAUAUUUUGUAUCUUUUUUUUUAAAUGAUUUAUGACUGCGACAUACUUUUAACUUUGUAACUCAGUUUUCUAUAUUUUUUAAUUAUGAUUUUUUUCUAUCUUUAUAAGGAACCGGUUCCUUGUCGGCUAUCAUUGUUGAAAAAUGACUCUGAGAAAGUCAUUGUAGCUGAAGGUACAUAUCAUCCGGAGUUAAUCCUUGAUCAUCAUAUUAACCUCCUUCCGGAUCACGUGAGGGUGAGUGUUGAUGAUUUUUUUGACGAGUUCAAAGAAUUCUCGGUUCCAAUUCCUUCUUCAGUCAUCAAGAAACUUAAGCAUGCUCAUGGUACAUUUACCCAAUGGCCGAAAUACUUGGUUUCACUCAUGCAUGACAAGGAAUUCAUAUCAAAUAAGAACAAUGGUAACAACAAAGCGGCCAAAGAAAACAUGCAAGACAAAAUGAAAGUAGUUGAAAGUGGUCGCGAAACAAAAGAGUCCAACACCAAUCCAAAAAAAGUUUUUCUUAUGGAUUAUGCUUUCGAAAACUUGUCUCAGAAGUGUGGGUCUUUGAAUAGUUUGUUAUCUUCAUUACCCGAAGGUGAAACUAUUAAGUUUAAGGCUGAUGCUUGGACCUUUAGUUAUGAAGACAGUAAGGACAUCAUUAUCAAACGUGAAGAUGUCAAUCAACUUCUCACAGGAGCUUGGCUGAAUAUUUCAGUUUUGCAAGUUUUUAUGAUGGCCUUGAGUGACUUACUCGAUACGGAGGAAGUGGCUUCCAUUGGAUUCAUGUGUCCGGAAAUGAUUUCAGAAACCUAUUUGCAUAGUGAUGUUGAUCGUAUCCUACUAUACAUGACACAUGUGAUGGAAAAACAAAAAUCUAAGCAGUUCAUCUUAUGCCCAUACCAUGAAAAGUAUAAACUUUGA